AUGGCAUGCAAUUCCAUUAUCACAACAGCUGCGGUAUACAAAGAGUACCAAGCUAAGCUAGCAAACGUUGCGGGUAGUGAAAAAGCGGUUUCCAUACUCAAGGAUGCAUUGUAUGUAUUGGGUGCUGGUAGCAGUGACUUUCUGCAGAAUUAUUAUGUCAAUCCUUGGCUGAACAGAGUCUACACUCCCGAUCAGUACUCUUCGUAUCUCAUCGGCAUAUUUUCAUGCUUCAUUAAGUUACUUUGCAUAGGGAUUUUAAUCCAGCUGAACUUGUCGAGAUCGAGUUUGCUCAAGCUCGACUCAGAGUGA